AUGGCGCCUAUGAAGCGCUCAAGUUUCGAUGUUGAUGGAGAGAUAAUUGGAGUCGAGAGAGCAAGCUCAAGCCUGCGUCAAGACGGGCAGCGAAAAAAGGCACGCAUAUCGAUCAACGAAGGCGCCUCCUCGAAGUCUCGACAGUCAAGUCCGUCGUCUUCCAGUGAUGAAGAUGAGCAAUUACCAGAUGUCGAUCAAGAUGGACCGCUGCCGCCACCGGCCACACAGUACGAAAUGUUACGUGAUGGAAAUUUUGAGCACCUGAAAAACACGGAAGCUGACGAUAAGCUCACGUCGAAGAAGUUUCUCGCCCGGCGCAAGCAGAUCGGCGAAAACCAUGCGGCGGAUAACGCGAUCAUUGAAACGAUCACUUGCAUAAACUUCAUGUGUCACGAUAAACUUCACGUGGAACUGGGACCUCUCAUCAACUUCGUCGUUGGUCUGAAUGGGAGUGGGAAGAGCGCUGUCUUGACGGCGAUCACUUUAUGCCUUGGAGGCAAGGCGGCAUCUACGAAUCGAGGAUCUAGUCUGAAAAGCUUGAUUAAGCAAGGAAAAGAACAAGCUCUCCUCAUCAUCAAACUGAAGAACCAAGGGAACGACGGCUACCAACGUGACCUUUACGGCGAUUCGAUCAUUAUUGAGCGGCAUUUCGCAAAGAAUGGUAGCAGCGGUUACAAGCUGAAGAACUCCGCAGGACGGCUUGUUUCGUCCAAAAAAGGCGACGUGGAUGAUCUCAUUGAAUAUUAUCAAUUGCAAGUUGACAAUCCCAUGAAUGUUCUCACCCAAGAUGCCGCUAAAACCUUUAUUACCGCUUCCACUCCCAAAAUGAAGUACAAUUUUUUCAAGGAGGGCGUCCAACUUGAAGCACUCGAUAACGACUAUAAGCUGGUGUCUGAUAUUUGUGAUCAGAUGGAGUCCAAGCUACUAGACUCGAAAGACGAUCUUCAAGCCCUCAAAAAGCAGGCUGAGGAUGCGGCAACCAAGGCGCAGUUAUUGCAGGAACACGAAGGCCUAAAGCAGAAAAUUCGGAUUCUACAGCGGCAAUCAGCUUGGUGCCAAGUAGCCGCGGUGGAGACUAAAUUGGCCGAAAGAGAAGCCUUGGUCAAUACCGCUCAGGAAAAUAUCGAAAAGAAGGAAAGAGUUGUGGAAGAAAAAGAUACCGCAUUCAAGAGAAUCGAUGCUCGCCUGGAGGAAGCCAAGGAGGCCGAAGCCCAGCUUCAGGAGCAGCUCGACCCCCUGAAAGAGGAAGAGGAAGAAGCAAAAGGUGCCCACGAUGCUACAAGGAAGGAAUUAGAAAAAUACCGUACACAGCGCGACGGCAUCAAGUCAAAUCUUCGUGCAAAUACAAACAUGCUCAAGGGUGUUGAGGCCGAUAUUGCAGCCGAAGUCAAACGCAUGGAAGAUGCUAAUGGAGGUGCACAAGCUCGAAAGUUGGCCGAGAUCAAAGAGGCCGAGCAAGAGGUCUUGAAUGCACAGGAGGCUGUCACCCGAAGUGAUGAGGAUGGUCCUCGAUUUGAAGCAAAAAAAGCUUCUGCGCAGGAAGCACUCGACAAGGUGGAUGCUGCUUUUGGAGCCAAGCGCAGAGACGUUGAAGCUGCGCGCCAACGACUGCACGAGCUUAACCAAAAUCAAGCGGAUGAUAUGAAUGGCUAUGAUCCCAAGAUGGCACCUUUGAUCAGCGCUAUCCGCAACGAACAAAGAUUCCGAGAGAGACCAGUUGGUCCGAUUGGCCUCCAUGUCAAAUUGCUGAAGCCGGUUUGGUCACACGUCAUCGAAACAGUUCUGGGUAACAACCUGAAUGCCUUUGUUGUGACUAGCAAGUCCGAUUUGACACUCCUGCAAGGUAUUUUGAAUCGCUUCAAAAUAAAAGGCUGCAAUGUUAUCAUUGGUAAUCGUCAGCCGAUUAACACGUCCGGCCAUGAGCCUGAGUCUCAUCUUGAUACCAUCCUAAGAGUCCUCGACAUUGAUGAUGACCUGGUGCGAAACCAGUUGAUUAUCAACAACGGUGUUGACCAAACGAUUCUUAUUAGAAAACGAAGCGAUGCUAGUCAAACCAUGUUCAGGGGACCAAAGCCGAAGAAUGUGAAAUCAUGUUUGACUCUUCAUGACUCGAGACAUGACUACGGACAUCGACUUACGUGGGGUGGACGCAAUCAAUUGGAGGAAAUGACACCCCUUGAGCUUAAAAUGCGACGGAAGCCACGAAUGAAAAGUGACAACGAAAGCCAGAUUAUUUACCAGCGAGACACUUUAGCGCAGCUCGAACGCGAAAAGGCUCAGCUCGAAACAGAAAGAGCUCAGGCUCAAGCAAACCUCAAGAGAUGCAUUCAAGCUAUUUCACUUCGUGACCGAGACCAUCCAAAUUUGAAGCUGGUAGUCCAACGAGCUGAGGAUCGAGUCGAAAAACUGCAGAUCGAACUUGAUAAUGACAACGCUAAAGACGGUCGCCUUGAUGGCUUAGAAACUUACUUGGCGGAGGUCAAGCAAAAUCUCACUAUAGACCGAGAUUCCUAUGGUAGCAUAGUGCUGGAAAUGGAAAAACUGAAUCAAAUCUCGCUCGAAAAGAAACGAGCGCUCGAUGCCGUCAAGAUACGUGUCGCUGACCACGAGGCAAUGAUGAGGAAGGCGCACCUGAAGAUUAAUAACACUUCACAGGCUCGUAAGAUCACUCUUGAAGAGAAGAAUCUUGCCAUCACAUUGGUCACAGAUCUUCAAGAAGAAAAGGCCAAAGCUGAGCAGAGCCGUGAUAGCGCAAUACAGAAGCUUAAAAACUAUACUGAAAUGGCCAGCAAAGUGUCUCUCAGAGUCCCACUAGAUGAAGGAGAGACUGCAGAGAGCAUAGCAGCUAGACUCGAAAGCUUGAUCCAGCGCCUUGAACAAGCUCGCCGGAAGCAGGGUGCUUCUGACCAAGAGAUUUAUCAGGCUGCACUUGAAUCAGAGAGCAACUUCAAGCGUGCGAUGGCUCAGCGAAUAGAGUCCGAAGAACUUUUGUCGCACCUCAAACAAUCUUUCAUGAUGCGAAUAACUAUGUUUCAACGGUUUCAGAGAUACAUCUCUUCGAGGUCCCGAAUCAACUUCAACUACCUGCUCAGCGAAAGAGCUUUUAGAGGCAAGCUUACGAUCGAUCACAUCGCGAAAAAGCUCGAUGUACAUGUGGAGCCUGACGAGACUAACAUAAGUGGCAAGGGCCGUCAAACAAAGACACUAUCUGGAGGAGAGAAGUCAUUUUCAUCAAUCUGCUUACUUCUCUCGCUCUGGGAGGCCAUGGGAGCUCCGUUGAGGUGCCUCGACGAAUUCGACGUUUUUAUGGAUGAUGUCAACCGGGAUGUCAGUACCAACAUGAUUAUCACUGCUGCAAGACGCUCCGUCGGUCGUCAAUUCAUCCUCAUCACACCGAAAGCUCUUGGAGCCGGUGCUGUUGAUGCUAAUGCGGCAGAUGUCACCAUCAUAAAAUUAUAUGAUCCUCGAGAAAAGCAGAGACGAAUUCCUGAUAUGAUGGAAGAAGACGAAUAG